GGAGUGAGCAGCGAGGCUUGAGGCGGCGAGGAAGUGGCUUUUUGCGCCGUCGCAGGCUAAUGCCUCGUUCCCGCUUUGCUGUGCAUGCCUGGCCAGCCCCCCCCAGUGCAAAAUGCUUUGCAUCCGACGACUUCACCCGUCAGGCCACGGCCUAAACAGUGCGAGAUCGGUCUGUACGGAUCUUCACCGACUGUUCCGCCCGGGCGAGACCGCGGCGGGCGUGGACGGCGCCGCCCCGUGAACGUUGUGGCUACUUGUUGCGGCCGGCUACUUGGGGAUGGAGACACAAACAUUAAGCCGGUCCUCGGCCAAACAGCCAUGUCUUACAGUUCUCCUCAUGGUGUCUCACAUCGGGAUCUUCACUUGGCAAGUCCAAGCCUCGUUGGACGGUCGGGCAGCCACGAGUCCACGGACGUCCGUGGCAAGCAAAUCCAAUUGAUUAUCCUGGCUCAUCAAAGACAUCGUCCGCGUGAUACUGAGACGGCAGGCCAUCUAUGGACCAGCUUCGAGUCUCCUUCACAAGACUUGGCCUAGUGACCGUUGUUGAUCAUUAUUAGACUGUAUUGUUGUCCCGCGGUCAAUAUUCGACGGGUAACCCGAGGAUCGUCGACCAGGGAGGUACGAAUACGGCAAUCGAUGGAGGAGUCAAGGAUUCAAACCCUCAUGGGCCCUUGAUUCUUUUUCG